AUCUGCUCCCUCUAUUGUGUCUGGCAUGUUUGGAGAGUCAGAAAAAAUACUACGAGAUACGUUUGACUCCCGCAAAGCUGUCUACGUCAUCGCCGCAACGAACCGUCCCGAUAUGAUCGACCCAGCUAUGGUUUGCCCAGGGCGUCUCGACAAGCUCCUCUAUGUUGACCUACCAAGCGCCGAUGAACGCGUCGAGAUCAUACGGACGCUAGCGCGUAAAGUCCUAUUCGCCCCUACAGAACCAGAUGCCGAGACGAUCCUGCAGCGCGCGGAACACAUCGUGCGGGAGAAAUGUGAUGGAUACAGCAGUGCGGACCUCGCAGCUGUCACUCGGGAGGCAGGCGUUGUGGCAUUGAGACGUUCUCGGUGCGGAUAAGGUCGGUCCCAGCGUGUCUGCUGUGCAGCGGAGGAAGUAUGAAGCGCUGCGAGCCAAGUUUGCUGGCCUUCCUGUGCGAACGGGGAAGGAUGUCGAUUA